AUGGAUCCUCACCUGCCUGCCCGGAAACAACAUGAGAUGUGCAUUUGUACGAUGUUGCGCAAUCAGGCAAGGUUCUUACGUGAAUGGGUCAUGUACCAUGCCCGAAUUGGGGUCCAACGCUGGUUCAUCUACGACAACAAUAGCGACGAUGGUAUUGCUGAUGUGGUGGAGUCAUUAGUGGCUGGUAAUUUUAAUAUUAGCCGGCACGUAUGGCCUUGGAUCAAGACCCAAGAGGCAGGGUUUGCCCAUUGUGCCUUACGGGCAAGGGACUCGUGUGAGUGGGUCGGGUUUAUUGAUGUUGAUGAGUUUUUUCACCUGCCUGAAGGCUUGUCAUUGCAUAAUGUCCUUAUGAACCAAUCUAGGCCUAGUGAUGUAGCUGAAUUAAGAGCAUCCUGUCAUAAUUUUGGGCCAUCAGGGCUCACACAAGUCCGGGAUGGUUUUCGGCAUGUCAAUAUGGAUAGAAAUGUGAUGGUGGUGAAUCAUUAUAAGUAUCAAGUAUGGGAAGUGUUCAAGGAGAAAUUUUAUAGGAGGGUUGCUACCUAUGUGUCUGAUUGGCAACAAGAGGUCAACGUAGGGUCGAAGGAUCGAGCUCCUGGUCUGGGGACGAAAGCUGUUGAACCGCCGGACUGGUCGAGCAAGUUUUGUGAGGUGACAGAUACUGGCUUAAAGGAUAGGGUACUGCAUGAGUUCACAGAUACAAAAACAGAAAUGGCAACUUCAAGGUCAUUGGCUUCAGUUUGCAUAAUCUUUGCAAUGGUUCUAUUGAUGGGCACAUCUGAAGGGGCAACACUCUCACCCUCACCUGCACCGUCUCCUCAUGUGCCCCCUUCUGGUCACAACUCUGCUGCUGCUGACUUCUCUCCUCAUUGCUUCAUGUCAAUGAUAUUCGCUUCCAUAGCCUUGAUUGUACCAUUAUGUUUCUCAUUCCUCUAUUAG